GCCGUGUUCCGCAUAUUACUGACAAUUUCAGAACAUUACCACGAAUUACGGAAAGAGGGUUUUCCUGAUGGAUGCCAUCCUCCCGGGUGCCCUUGACUUGGACGGCGUCGACACGGGCCCUGUAAACCCGCAACCUGCACCAAGUUCCUCCCAUCCCACUUCUGCGGGUCUCGCUGGACGUCCGACACUGCAAUCCGCUCCCGAAGGCUCCGCGGCACCGGGGACAGGACUUCGAAUCCGUAUCCGAAUUCCUGCUCACCUCGUCGAGAAGCAGGCUCUCUCCCUCGCCAAUCUCUUCCCUCAUGCCAACGAAAUCCCACCAUCCGCUGCAUCCGUAUUCAGCGAGUUCCGGACUGUUGGCGAACAGUUCCUUGCACGCGAGGAAACCCUUCAGGAAGCCGCACAUGUUGCGGAAACGGCGGCGACGAACUCAGUGGACUCGCCAGACUCCGAUGCAGUGUUGUCCUUAGUACAUAUAUUGUAUUUAGCAGUAAUGGAGUAGAAUCGCGUCGUCGAGAGGGCCUGCGAGCUGAGCGCAGACCGCCAAGUACGCGACCAGCAUAAUAUAGAUAUUGAAUUCUUU